AGAAUCGAAUGACAACAUAGAAACAUUGAACUCACGUCAAGGUCAAAAAAUAGAAUAUUUUUCGGACUUCUCGUAGGUUGACUGACAGUCGAUGUAUAGUCGUUGUCGUCAAUUUUGGGCGAUAAUAGAGGUAAUAGAUAAUGAAGAUGGUACAAAAGUGAAGGAAAAUUAUUGUUUUGUUUCAAAUUUUCCGUACUUAUAAAAUGUAUUAAAUUCAAAUUCUAUUUUCAGUCGAUAUUUGGUCGUAUAACUCUAUAAUGAAUAGUAAUAGCCAUGAACAUAAAAAACACAAUCCUGUUGAUUUAGUAGUUGGGAGGAGUGUCAGAACGAAAUUAAUCAAACGCUUGAAUGGAGGAUCUUUUGGAGACAUUUGGCUUGGCGAAAUCCUAAAAGGAUCUACAGAAGGAAUGAAAGUUGCAGUUAAGCUAGAAUUACAAAGUACACAAACUCCGCAACUGAUGAAUGAGAGCCAAAUUUAUGAUAUACUUCAGGGAGGGCCAGGUAUUCCCACGAUGAUCUGGCAUGGUCUCUACGAGCCAAUUUACACCGUAUUAGUUCUAGAUCUUCUAGGGCCGUCACUUCAAGAUGCAUUUGUCUACUGUGACAAAAAGUUUACAUUAAAGACUGGUCUCAUGAUAAUGGACCAAUGUUUAGAAACUUUAGAAUUUGUUCAUCGUCAUCAUGUUAUUCACAGAGACAUAAAACCUGAUAAUUGGGUAUUGGGUUCGGGUGGAGCUCAGCAUAAAUUGUACUUAAUCGAUUUCGGUUUGGGCAAGCGAUUGAGACGACCUAGUAUAAUGGGAUCGACUCGGAUAAGUAGGUCUUUGUCAAUGAUUACUCAUCCACUUGUUGGAACUGUGCGAUAUGCAUCUAUUGGCGCUCAUCUUGGACACGAAGAAACUAGAAGAGAUGAUCUUGAGUCCUUAUCCUACAUGUUCCUAUAUCUAACUAAAGGAUCACUGCCAUGGCAAGGUCUAAAGGCCUCGAAUCGUGAAGAAAGACUAAAAGGCAUACUGGAAGCUAAACAAACAAUAACUUCUUCAGAAUUGGCCGAAGGCUUACCAAAAGAGAUUUCUAGUUUUGUGGAACAGUGCAGGCAUCAAACUGCGUAUCAUUCAAUUGAUCAUAACAGUGCUCGUGAGUUCUUUAAAACAUUAGCUAAUCGAGAAGGAAUCAUUUAUGAUAACAAUUUCGACUGGAUAAUAAAACAAAAAGAGACCAAUACUCAAUUAGAAAGCCACACAAGAUCGGAAAUUCACCAUAGUAGUUAAACUUAGGAAAUGAUUGUAUUCCUUUAAAACUGUUAAUCGAUGAAGAACCUCCGACAUUUAAUAGUGACUAGCCUGCAUAUUCUGCACUUGCCUAAUUUUCUGUAUUGACUGUCUGCCCUAAAAAAACCGAA